GAAGUACAAUCUGCAUGCAUAAUUUCUGCAGUUCGUCAGAUGUGUGAUUGGAAGGAAGUGGAGAGUCAAGCAGAAGUGACUCUGGAUUGCUAAUGAAAACUGAAAAAAAAAAUAAAAAACAAGUGGAGCCAGUAGGGCACAACUUUGAAGCCGUUGUGACAUUUAAAGAAUAUUGCGACAAAAGGGAUAACUUUUAUGUCUACAAGGUAAAUGAUAAGCGCGGAAAUCCUGACAAACCUUCCUUCGUUUUUAAAACCAGCAAAGAAAAGGCAAACAUGGCUCUGGCUAUGGAUAGGGAUGGAGAACAUUUCUUGAACGAAGAAUAUUGCUUCUUUGAUGGCCAGCACAAGCGUUGUCGCGGUUUCGUAACUCUAACAGCCAGUGUGUACAAUCCCCUUUCGCGCAAGCAGGUCAGUCUCGCGGUGAUGGAAGCGGAGAACGAGGACACACAAAAUAUUGCAUUGUUUUGGAACUUGUUCAAUGAAGUUUUGAGAAAGGUAUCGAGGAAUAACAACGCGCGGUUUAAUCCUACAGGCUGGUGCACUGACAUGGCAGGCGCAAAUCUUGCAGGGCUAUCGGAAGUUUAUGGCAAUGACGUGAGACAACGCAUAAAAUCCUGUGAAUUUCACUUUAAAGACCACAGGAACAAAAAUCCAAGAAAGCUAAGACCCGAGGACGCAGAGGAAUUUAAGCCGUUGUGCGAAGAGCUUUUGGAGGCUGCGACCGAGGCACAAUACAACAAAACAAAAAUGCGAUUGGAUUCUUUCAUCUCUGGCAAAGAGGAACACAAAUUUUUAGCAACCUGGUUAGCCUGGUGGCACGACAGGAGAGGAUUUAUAUUUCGUGCAUUUGCCCCGAAAGGUGCUCCAUUUAUGAAUCAAGCUGAAGUGAUCCAUGCUGGCUGGUCCAACAGGGGCAUAUCAGAUAAUAUGUCACUCCUUGAAGCGUGCCUAGCAGACGUUGGAGACGCUGUGCAGCUAGAUGUAGAGAUAAAGGCUUUUGCUGCAGGUACAGCAAUAGGAGGUAGCGGACCAUCGUACAUGGAAAGAAAGCAAAAGACAUAUACAAGAGAAAUAGAUCUAGCCAAACAGUUUGGUUCGAAAAUGAUCUGCAAUCGGAAUGUAUAUGACGGUCGAAAAGUGGACCCAAAUUCGUCCUUUAAACCUAAUGAAAAACGGAAAUCAGGCAAGAACCCUCCGUCAAAGAAUAGGAAAAGAAAAAAAACUGUUACAACAACGGAACUAGUAGAGAACACGAGCACUAGGGUUCCAAUAAAUUCACCUUUAAUCGGAGAGAGGCCCUGUUCUUCAACUACUGAGGUCGAGAGGAUUAACAGUGUUUUUGAAGCAACAAAAAUUCAGCAGAUACGCAGUUACACGACACCAGUUCAACAUACUUCUUUUCCAAACAACGCUUCGGGCAUUACAGAUAAUGCUAUGAACACUACAUUCGGCCAACCUGCCCACCAGGCAAUCUUUUCGCAUAUAAUUACACUCGUGCACUAAGACAUCACGAACCGGCUGUACCGCUACUUGGCAUGCAGCAGCUCAGCGGCGCUCAUUCGACGAUGACCAGUCCACGCGCACCCACAGCACCUCUUUCCACACCUCAUUACCAGAAUCAGUGGCAUUCCGGUAUGUCACCCCAUCCUUAUGAGAUCUGUACUUUUCCCAACAACGUGAGGAAAUGCUACGGGUGCGGAAGUGAGUUCACGAAGAAAUAUAAAAACCCCCCGUUUAACUUGAUUGUGAAACACGUCGACAAACGAGUUAUUAGAAAAUGUGCCCAAACAGGACAGUUAGUGUAUAGUCACGACUUUAGUAAUACAUAUUACCAUCUAGCGGCACUACACAUUGUGCGGAAAAAUCCAUUGUUCAAUGGAUUUGCUUUUAUAUCUCGAGAACUUUUGUCUUCACUCGAUGCUCGGGAACGAGAGAUUUUAUCCGAAUGCGAUAUAAAAAUAGUUCCUAAAUAAGUUCCAGUACAUCAUAAAUAUCUAUAUAGUUUUAGCCAUUUUUAGGUUAAUAACUAGUUCUCAAGAUAUUGCGUUUAAACGCUUUUUCGGGCGAAUUCACAAGCAAAAUCUUGUUUUAAUGUAUACGUUUAAGGGUAAACACCACGUAAGUUUAUUACUGUAAUUUUUAAGUGCAUCCACCCGAGCUUGUGCUUUAUGGUUACGGUUGUGAAUUGCAACUUUGAUAGUAAAAAGUUUACUUCUAAACUACUAUAUACUAGCAUUGAUUUAGUUAUUAGGGCGGACCAAAUCUCUGUAGUAAUAAGUUUACGUCGUGUUUACCUUAUUUGUUUGUUUGGUGUAACUUUUUUGUGUUUACGAAUUACGAUGUUAUUACAAUGAACGCACGUUUAGAUAAUACAGUAGCAAUGGAGAUAAUUCAUCAUAAGUUUCAUUAAAGCCUUUUUAACGCAAUAUGUCGACCCUCGACCUCGACCUCGACUUCGGACCCUCG